AUGCAGGAUCCAGAUCUGGUGGAAAAGCCUAGCAGCGUAGCAGUCUCAGACUGGUCAUUUUUGAAACGUUUGUCAGCAGAGACACGCGCCCUCUCACUCGCCGAAGCCAGCGAGGACGCCGGCAGGUCCCAUUCCAGCCCAAACAGAAAGCUCGGCGGACUCAGUGAACUGGAAACAGUUCAGGAAAGUCUUCCCAGCGAGGGUGGCGAUGGGAAUUUUGAAGCGUCUUUGGACUGCUUUGCUGAUGCUUUUGCUGCGGAAGCUAGCAGCACUUGGGGCGAUUUUGAAAGUUUCAGCGAGGCCAAGUCGGAGAGCCAGAGCCUCAUCCCUCUGGAAGAUUUAAACGGAGAACGAGCGCCUACAAAUGACACGGAUGUCAAUGAUAAUCACCUCACUACCUCAUGUGGGCAGGUAUUUUCCAGAACAGCUGGACAUCAUAGAAGCGAUGUUUUCCCUAACGUUCCGAUGACGGCUAGCUUCAGCUGCGAAGAUGUUAUUAAACUGAGCUUUCCAGAAGUUCCCGUACCUCAGUUCUUGGAGAACGUAAGCGGCUUGAAUCAGCUGCUUGAUACAAAAACCGAAGACAUGGGCGUUCCUGAACGUAUACAAAUGCAACCUUGCACAGAUUCUGGGAACUUGUGGAAAAUUCUUACUCUCGCCAGGAACCCUUCUGGUUUGAGAUGUCCUUGGAAUGAAUCUCAUUGCCAGGAAAACCUUUUAGCUGUUCUUGGAAUAGAUGCUCAUCAAAAGCUUUCUGUAACUCCUGACCCAAGGCAGAGCCAUCUCUUCACCUACAACCUCUUCUUGAAGAAGACCCCAUCCGCUGGGAAUAUGCAAUACAUUACGGUUCCCCAAAAGAAGAGGAUUUUUACAACGCAAAGCCUAAAGAUGAAAAUGUUUAGCAGCAACGUCUGCUAA